CAUAUAAACCUGUAAUAAUAGAAUAUGCGAUGUUGAAUAUAUGAAAUAAUGGAGUAAGUACCCGAUUAAUAGGACGACGAUAUGACGACCUCAGUGGCGCAGUGGUAAAGUUCUUGCCACUGAACCGAGAGGUCCCGGGUUCGAUCCCCGGUCGGGUCAAGAUGAAAAAUGAUCUUUUUCUGAUUGGCCCGGGUCUUGGAUGCAUUAUCUAUAUAUGUAUUUGUUAUAAAAUAUAGUAUCGUUGAGUUAGUAUCCCAUAACACAAGUCUCGAACUUGCUUUGGGGCUAGCUCAAUCUGUGAUUUGUCCUAAUACAUAUAUUUAUUUAUUUAAUUUCAGAACUUAAAAUUCCACGAAACAUUUGAGACAAAAUAAUAGAUGCACACCGAACAAGUUUAUUUGUUAGACAAAUUAAAAAACCGCUGACUCUCAAUAUUAAUUUCGCUACAACUUUUGAACGGCUGAACCGUUUUCGAUCAAACAUAUCUAAGCUGUCAAAUGAAAAAAACCGCAUCCAAAUCGGUUCACCCGUUGAUGAGCUACGGUGCCACGUACACAGACAGAUAUAUUUAGCGGUCAAACUUAUAACACCCCUCUUUUUGCGUCGGGGUUUAAAUAGGGUACAACAUUUCUUACUAUGUUUGUACAACAGUAAGUUUAUCCCUAGUGGAAAUUAGGGAGACCCAAACAAGUUAUAACUUUAUAAAAAACUUGGAAAUAACUAUUGACAAUGCAGGAUAUAUCCACAGGCACAAAUACAAUAUAGAUACCACAAAAAUAUUUAUUUCAUUUAUUGUUGAGGUUUUCACAUCUCUCUCUCAUUUCCCGAUGGUUCCGGUUGCAUUCGGGGAUAUGAAGCCGCGAUGCCCGGGGUCAACGUAAAAUUUUGAAUCAAUCAAAAUUAAAAUUUUGAAGCUUCGGAUGUGAUUCUACGAUCGGCUGCGUGUCUGACGUAAUAGCUCGGGAAUGCUAUUGUUGCCUGUUAGCAACCUAGGCGGCUCUCGCCUCGUACGACAUCCACGGGAGGAUAUUGAGUGGUCCAGUGGUGACAGCGCGGCCGCAGCGGUCGGAAUGCUAUGAGAAUACUAAAGUUGGAAGCUCAAUAAAAGCUUGCAAAAUAUGUUUUCGUAAACAAAACCGUGACACACGCCACAUUUCAACGUUCACGUUUUCAAAAUUGUUACCCUUGUCUCCAUUUUGAACAAGGAAAAGUUAUAUCCGAACCAAAACUUAUUCCAUGUAGCUUUCGGAAGCUUCAGUCUACGGAAAGCUUUCGCGCGAGCGCCACGCGUUUACGUGAGGCUCGGAAUAUUACGAUAUAUUCAAAUUAUAGUACCUAUAUGUGAUUACUUUAUCAUUGGUGAAUAAAAGUGCAAAAUGUAUUAAGUAAAUAAUAUAAAUGUGUUUAUAUUAAAUAGAGUUAAGUUAAUUCGUCGUAAAAUAAUCGGAAUAAGUUAAAUUUAAGAUGUCCCCGUGUUUGCCUGUUUGGUAGGAGCUCCAAUCUGCACUUAUGAAGCGCAAACUAUGUGCAGUUCCGUCAUUUAACUGUGACGACGACAUGGAGGAGCUUAAUGUGGCAGCUCUAUCCCGCAGGAAGGAGUCUGCCGCUCCCCUGACGGGAGAGAGAGACGUCACUAUCUUCCGUCACGCUCUCAACUACCCCUUGGCUUUGGUGCUUCGACUACGAGUGUUACAGAUAGUAUGCGGCAUAUCAGCCAUGGUGAUGGGUAGUGUUGCCUUCAUUGAAGAGAGACAAAAGUUCAACAUGGGUCUCGGUAUUCCUGCUGGUGGCUUCAGUGUUUUAGCUGCAGCUGUAUCAAUCCACACGUCGCGCGGUUGGAGCGCGGUGACAGGCGGAGCGGGUGCGGGAGCGGGAGCGGCUGGCGUGUUGUGGGCGGCUGCGGCGUGCUUGUUACUUGCUCUCAUCGUCCAGUGCUGCAGGACUAUACUGGACCCACCUGGAAUGAACCAUGGGGAUGGCCCGACAGAAGACGACUCAGUAACAUCGCCUCGCGACCUAGUCGUAAUAGCGUGUAUCCAAAUCACACUGGCAGCCGCCACACUGUUCAGUGCAGCGGUAUGCGCUCGCAUAGACUGCAACACAUGACGAGAGCCUGUCCGCUCGCUCACUCGCAGACGCGUGAGCGAAGCGCCCGCCAUCGCUGACGCUACCGCUGCAGCCGAUGACAAUGUAACACCACCGAAUGUCACUGUGGAAAGAGAGAAAGGUGGACGCGUUGCGUGGCUGAUUUAAAAACUGUGCUGUAAUGUGAAAAUACUAUAGAGUGAGAUAAACAAGAUAAGAUGUACGUUCCGUUUUUUCCUACGACUCCUAAAAUCUAAACGUGAUUUGAACAUUCUUCACAGUAUAGUUGAAUUUGGUGAAAAAUUAAACAAUUAUUAUUAGUUCAAACUUAUACUGGAAAGUGAAAUAUUAAUUGAAGUGAUGUAAUGCUUAAGACGUCCGCCCGUAUAGUACAGUUUUCAUCGACCACCACUUGCUUCCGCUGAUGGAAAACAUCGUGAGGAAAACUGCGCACUGGUUUAUUAUUAACAUGUGUGUGAAAUGGAUAAUGUCGUAUCACUCCAAGAAAGUUAUUGUGUGUGUUACAUUCCACGUAAUGACCACGACCCUCAGCCAUGAGGAUAAACGACUAUGAAGAGAAAACAUUAAUUAACCACGAAAGUAACUUCCUAAAAAGUCUAUUUUAAUUCAUAUUGUUUUAAAAUCACUUAUAGUCAUGGUAAGAAUGUUUACAUAAUAAGAUUUGUAAGAAAAAACUAAGUUUUUUUUUUUUUUUAAUAGUAAAUUAAAUAUGAUACAAGCAAUGAUUGAAAACUGUGCACUGGACCAUUCGAUUUGCUCAUGCCAAUUCUGUUUAACGAUUUAUGCAAUAAUCGACACCAGUGAAUAAACUAUUUCCACGUUUGACCCACACUUGAAUUGUAAAUAUUCUGAUUAAAUUCUUGAUAAACAAAUUACCAAAAAAUAUAUUAUCUAAUUAACGUAACUAAAUAUUCUAGAAGUAAUCUAAUAUAUAUAGUCUUUGUCUUCAAUUGAAUUGUUUGAUAUCCCCGGUCGGGUCAUGAUGGAAAAUGAUUUUUUUCUGAUUGACCCGGGUCUUGGAUGUUUAUCUAUAUAUGUAUUUGUUAUAAAAUCGUUGAGUUAGUAUCCCAUAACACAAGUCUCGAACUUACUUUGGGGCUAUCUCAAUCUGUGUGAUUUGUCCUUAUAUAUUUAUUUAUUUAUAUGUAAAUAGUUAUUUUCCAACUAGGUGUAUAAAAUAAAUUUAUUUCAGUAAA